AUGACAGAGCUUGUUUUGAGGAGGGGCAAUGAACUUCAAUCGCGGAUUGUCAAGUCACUUUAUCCAAUUGCAGUUCGCUAUAAUGCAACAUUACCAAAAUGCUUCAUGCAAUAUAAGGAUUAUUCAAACUCCCCUACUUGGGAAGAAACUUUGAAAAUUCAAGAUAUGCGACCUUUGUCACCUAAGGACCUAAAAAUUAUGAAAAUCGUUUCCGAUCAGCCUAUACCUCUGUGCUGUAGCCUCUAUUACUAUGAAGUGAAUAUUACCGCUAAAAGUCAGUGUGGAGCUCUCAAGGUCGGUUUUACGUUCGACGAUUCUGAAAAGGCGAAAUACCGUCAUUACAACAAAUUCGUCGGUUACCAUAGUAACACGGGUCAGAUUCGCCUAAAUGACAUUGAUCCCUCACAAGUGGAUGAGGAUAGAAUCGCCUUGGGACCUCCUUUCACUGUUGGUGACGUUAUCGGCUGUGGUGUUAAUUUCGUUAGUAAUUCAAUUUUCUUCACCAAGAAUGGGAUGUUUAUUUUCUCCACCACUCUUCAAACUAAGUUGCAAGCUGUUCCAGAAUUGGUAACUAUGGUUACACCACAAGAUCAUCUCUACCAUAUAACUAGAAUACUUACGCUAGCAGUUCCUGCAUCGCCAUCAAAUGAAACGGCUACUGCAAAGACCUCUGUCCUGAAUACCAUUCCUCCACCAAGGUAUGUCCUGAUCGCUGAUAGAUAUGGAAGUGGAAAUUUACUUGGGCUGUUGAAUUCCGACCGACUUUUGGCAUAUCUUCGAGUUAGAAUGAGGAAUUUGCCUACACCUAGUGCUUUGAAGGCAAGCGUAAGUAGUCUCCCGAGCAUAAGGUGGGAGCAACGCGGUUGGCAAACGGCCGAUUCCGCCAUUUCAAACGAUGGAGAGGAUGAUCCCCCACCAGGUGAAAAUCGUCGACGAAUUCUUUCCUCCAGUGGCGACGCCUUCUAUCUUAGACCGUCAACAACCUGCCGCGAAGCUCUACAUAUCAUCACGAGAGCAUGGAAUGAAGCCGGUCUUUCUUGUCUCCCGGUUGCUACAGAAAAUGGAACUGGCUUUCAGGGAAUGCUCACCAAACACGAUAUUCUUGGAGCGAUUUUCGCUGGCCCCUUAGACGUUGCAUUAAACGCGUCAAUUGGCACAAUCUUGUCAGUUCGACCCAGGCCUUCUGGAUUCACUAAUCAAGCGAUUUGUUUCACCUCCGAGUGCCUUGUUGCAGUACUGGAUAGAAUGUUUCGACAGAAGGCCCCCUGCCUGGUAGUAUUCGAUAAACCAGGUUCUGGUGCUAGUUGGAAUGGUCAGGGUGCCUUAGGAAAGGCGAUUGGUGUAAUAACAGCAGCGGAUCUUCUCCAAGCAAUCGUGAUUGAUGCUCACACCCCUCCACCCUCUGCAUCUUAUGCUGAAACGCCCGAAGAUGCUUUUUCCAAGACCACUUCCCAAGUCAAAGGUCGGCAUCCAACUAGGAGUGGUGGUGGUAGUAACAAACGACAUUCCCUUCCUUCUGAAAUGGCGAAUUCCUUACCUGGAGCUCAGCUUUUAUCACCUUUCACAAAUCACCAACACGGUUUAACCAGAAUCUUCCAUCGUACCAAGUAACGAUAUUCGGAAAGUGAAGUAUCCCCAUUGGAGGGUCCAUUUGCGGCAUCUGCCAAUAAUAAUACCGUCAGUAGCAACGGCCAAUCGCAUCGCCCCCACAGUCACCAACCCGGAAGGACUAGUACCACACCAUCCAAUCAACAUAAUGGGGAUGAUGGAACACUCUUUGAAAUGGACGAAUGUGUUUGA